AGUGUCGUGAGCAGUCACGAGAUUACCUGGCUUGUCGCAUGGAAAAAGGUCUAAUGGCUCAGGAAGAAUGGAGCAAACUAGGAUAUUCUGACCUGGAAGCACCCAAGAAUCAUUCCACCUGAACACACCUAACCACCACACUUAAAGAAAGGCCAUGUCCCAUCUGCCUCCCCUUGGUACUGGCCCACGGGUCCUGCUUGGUUGCACAGGCAGUGUGGCAACCAUCAAGGUGCCUGAAUUGGCACGGCGGUUGCAGGAGCGUGGGGCAAGUGUAGUCAUUGUGCCCACCAAGAAUGCUUGCCACUUCUUGAAAAUGCAGGCUAAAGUAGAUACUGGUCCUCGAAGGAGAACAGCUAGUGGUGGCGGUAGCUUUUCUAGUCAGGAAAGGAAAACUUCCAAUAAUGGUGAGCUAAGGUGCAGUGACAGUGAGGAGCAGAACAGCAGCAGUGAUCCUUGCAGCCAAUGUGGGAGCCGAAGUCCCGUGGGAGUAAUGGCAGCAGGUGGGGGAGAUGACAGUACUCUGAGAUCCCUCUACCCUGACCUCAAGUUUAUCCUGGACCAAGACGAGUGGUCUGCUUGGAAUGGUCGUGGAGAUCCAGUACUUCACAUCCAACUGAGGGACUGGGCACAAGUGAUGGUCAUUGCACCCUUGGAUGCUAACACCAUGGCCAAGAUGGCCCAGGGACUCUGUGACAACCUGUUGACUUGUAUUGUUCGUGCAUGGGAUGUGAUGCGGCCCCUGAUAUUCUGUCCUGCCAUGAACACACACAUGUACAAACACCCGCUCACCAUGCGACACACAGCAAUGCUCAAGGAUCUUGGAUAUAUUGAGGUGUGUGUAGUGUCCAAGAGGCUGAUGUGUGGAGAUAUUGGGCCUGGAGCCAUGGCUGAACUGGACAAUAUAGUCAACGCUGUUAUGCAAGAAUUGCCGGGUGCUCAGAGAAUUGCUCAUGGGCCCUUCUAGUCAAGGAGGGGGGAUUCCUAUCUUAUCAAGUAUGCCACAUGUGUAUGCAAGAAAUAUUCAGUACUUUUCCUAAAAAUUUCAGAUGAACUCCUUCAGAUAUGAAUGGCAAAAUGUCUUCAUUCUGCAGGAACUUCUACUCAAGCCAACAUUUUUAUGCAAUACAGUGUAUUCACAAGUGGCUAAUCAUGCGCACAAAUAAAUGUAUAUCAGUAUCAAUUGUAUAGCAAUCAGGGAAUAUCAGGAGACUUAUAAGUAAACAGUAGUGAUUUGUAGAAUGUGUAAUAAAAUGAAACUUAUACACAUUGAAAAAUCUUUUUUGACAGUGUCCUGGAAAGAGGGAGGGAGAGAGGUAUAAUGGUACAGCAGGCACUAGGCCAACAAACUACUACACUAUUGGUAAUCACUUAUGGCUAAGUUGGUAAUACUAGGUACUCAUUUAGCAUAGUAUAGUUUAUGCUGAUGCCUAUUCUUUGGCCCAAGAGGUGUGUCAUGACAGAAGUCCCCAUUAGCACCAUCUGUUCUUGCACCUCACCCCUUUUGCAUUCUAGUCUCUUGUAGCACUUGUAGCUCCUACUCAUUGUGCUUAUUAUGUCAAGCAUUCAAAUACUGGCCACUAACAUAUCUCUAACUUGCUGUUUUUCUGUGUUUUAGAAACUAUACUACAUGUAGCAUGGGUAGAAACAUAAGAAAGCAAUCCAGAGCAGACCAUGAAAGGUGGAAUGAAGACCUUUGUUAUGGUAGACAUGAGAUCCAAACACAACCCACCAAGCCAUGAGUAAUUUCUAAUAGCUCAGUUAGUCUCAGUCUAACUGUCACUACAGGAAGAGCAGUCCCAUAAAACUGCCCUUCAUUCUCACCCUUGCAAAUAUUUAUCUCAUUACUUUUUCCCAUUCGUAAAAGCUAUGAUUAAUUAAGAAAUAUGGUUGUAGAACUUUUUUUAUUGAGAAUGUUACCCAUAGCCUUAUUGAAUGCCUUCCAUUAUAACAUUUUCACCUGUAAGCUAUGCUUUUAAUUUUCCUAUGGGUAUUUUUUAUGCACCUGUAAGUUAUUCCCUCCAAAUAAAGGAAAUCCCUCUGAAUAAUUUUUUUUUAGUUGAAAAUUAUACCUGUGUACACCAAAUGCCAGUGGUUUCCUGGAAAGUGAUGUAAAAAAUAAAUAUUGAGUGGAUUGGAAUCAAGCUUUUAUAGGAGUUCCUAUGUUGAGAGGUGAACAGUGAGAUGGGAGGAAUUUCAUUCUGUGUUAAACCCUAAUGGACUGACCAGUUAAUGUUGGCCGAUGUUACAAAAGUGAGUGUUUGUGCGAUAUAAAAUGGAUAUUAUAAAUACAAAAGGGAGAAAUCUGAACUUGACAGGUGAAUGGAAGAAUAGGUGUAAAGAGAGGAAAUGGCCUUGUUGGUGGACUCUAGAAGUAAUGUAUGAUGUAGUAAAAGAACUGAUGUAACCAAAACUUAUUAUUUAUGAGACAUGUGAGUGCUUGUGAAUAUGGUUUUUAUUAAAAAGAGAAAUGCA